GAAGAUUUAGAAGAAGCCCCGACAUAGCAGGAAGUAAUCUAGUUCUUGUAUAUGAAAUAGGAGAAGAAGGGCGUUGAACGUCGAAAAUCCAGGAGGCAAACUCACAAACCCACACAUUUCUCAUUCUCAUCAUCCAACCACCGGAAGCCUUUGAUAUAAUGGAACAAUUCUCUUGGCUAUUUAGAUUAUCUUCAGAGCAGCGUUUUUCAUCUCAUUCUGUGGGACAAUGGCUGCUUCAUAUCAUCUCUUCUUUAUUAUUUACCUCUCCGGUUUUGCUGCUUUCCCAAUUUUCUCUUUCGUUUACGCUAAUGCCAAUACCACUCAACAUUCUUGGACUCCCAUCAACCACCAUCUCUAUCAUUCCGGUGAAGGUUUGAUUGAAAAGAUUAAGUCUUUGGUCCAUCGACACCCUGACAAACUCACUGUAGAAACCAUUCAAGCUGGGACCAAAGACUACAAGGCAGAUAUCACAGUUGUUACUUAUUCCCAGAAUUGGGAACAGAGUGAUGACAAGUCCAAGCUCCGGAUCCUUCUUAGUUUUGGCCAGCACGCACGGGAGCUUAUUUCGUCGGAACUAGCUUUACGGAUCUUAUCGGCCUUAGGCGAAGAACAGUUUCCACCCGAAAUGGACCCUGCUUCCUUGCAUGAUACCCUCGAGAAUGUAGUUAUAAAGAUAGUGCCAAUAGAGAAUUUGAAUGGCCGCAAGAUUGUUGAUGCAGGAGAACUUUGUGAAAGGAGAAAUGGGAGAGGAGUUGAUCUCAACCGGAAUUGGGCUGUUGACUGGGGAAAGAAGGAAAAGGACUAUGAUCCAGCUGAAGAGUAUCCUGGAACUGCUCCUUUUAGCGAGCCUGAAACCCAAAUCAUGCGGGAACUUGCCGUAUCCUUUAAUCCUCACAUAUGGGUCAACGUGCACUCUGGGACGGAUGGACUGUUUAUGCCAUAUGACCACAAAAAAAGCACCCCUGAUGGGUUGCCAUCACAACGAAUGAGAGAGUUGCUUGAUGAACUCAAUGUUCUUUAUUGCAGCAAGCGUUGCUUGGUCGGUUCAGGUGGAACUGCGGUCGGGUAUCUGGCACAUGGGACAGCAACAGAUUACAUGUAUGAUGUUGUGAGAGUGCCCAUGGCAUUCACCUUUGAGAUCUAUGGAGAUGAUAAAGCCUCAGGUGCAGACUGCUUUAAAAUGUUCAAUCCAAUAGACCAGACCACCUUCAAGAGAGUUAUGGACCAGUGGUGUGCUUCUUUUUUCACACUUUUUAAACUGGGACCCGUGUGCUUGAUGUGAAUCCCACUAAUAUGAAGAAAUAGUGUAGGUUUUGAUCAAGUCAAUGAUUGGAAGGACAUUUGUGGUCUGAUCAAGCUGAUUCUUUUGCAAUGACUAAAAGGACUCAUGGAUGUUGUGUUUCAACGGUAGGAUUAAUCAUCAAUCCAUGGCCUAAACAAAAGUAUUAUUUUUCUUUUGUGAAUUUCCUUCAUUAUUUUUUAUGUCAAAUCGUUAAGAAAAAAUGAUGUAAUUAGGUGAAAAUUCUUUAAGUGGAAUUUCAAAUUCCACGACUUUUAGCUUUUAUUAAAUGAUUUCUAAUUAUGUAAAACUUAAUAAGGUUAGUUUUAUUAUGCUCGCAUAUAAUGGAAUAUUUCUUGUUUGAUUCAAUUGACUUGUACUAAAACAAAUUAAGUUUGAUUGACAAAGACUAAUACAAAAAUUUUCACUUAAUUCAACUUAAAUAAUAUUCAGUACUAAAAAUGGGUAUCAAUAGUGAUUUUGUAUUAGUUAAGAUGAAUUAGUGGUACCUUUGCAUUUUCACUACGUUCUUAUUGUAGACUUUUCAUUUUCAUCUCUUCUUGCCAUUUGCUGUUUACCAGAGGUUAAAAGACAAGGUUGUUUUGAAUUAUACAAGUAGAUCAUGCAUGACACGGUGAGAGAAAAUGUUUUUAU